AUGAACGGCACUCCACGACUUCGCUCUGCCUUCCCGCAGACGCCGCAAUCAACUCCUACGGCUCGCCGGCGACAAAAUGCGCAAAAUGCGCCCCCAGCCGACACAGCCAAGGUGAGCACAGGCUUGCAGAGCAUGCCAAAGGCACCUACACAAACCUCAGCUGCCUCUCCUCUGAUACCCUUCGAUACGAUUGACGCUCCCUCGCAACGACUCUACAUUCUUCUAUUCUAUGGCAUCCUCCACGCAUGGCGGUUCUACGACUACUACAAUUUGGUCGCCGAUGACACAGAAUCCUUCUGGGCCUUUCUGAAAUGGUGCGGCUUCGACCUCGUCUUCAUCUUUGGCAUACCAGUCCUUCAAAUCCCAUGGCUAGAGUGGUCUACAUCCUUCACUGCUCUCAUCUGGGGGGCUCAUAUGGUGCUGAAUAUAAUACUAAUGUUCCGUGUCGGGAUACCAAUACACCUAUGGCUGUUUGGAUUCCUGAAGGCAAUACAGGACGAUGAGAUGGGUCUGAUGGGUCGUUCUGUCAAGCCGGGACAUAUCAUACAAAAUGCGUCUCUGAUUCUGGGAAAACAGAUCAUCAAUAUCUUACCAGAGGGUUCCGCGCUGCUGAAUCCGACAAAUGACGCGUUCUGCAUCGGUGGCGGUGUCAACUCGAUACAUAUACCCAUUCAGAUCAACCAAACCAACCCGGUUCGCAUGGAAAUUCUACACAUCGAUCUCGAGAACACCAGUAGUGACCUCAUCACACUGUCGGCGAAGGAUAUCAAGAAGCUUAGAAACCAGUCUAAGAAGGAGCAGAAAACGUCGGAUCCCACAGCGCCAAUCUUGAUGAACUAUCCAGUGAAGAAGACUGGGUUGUACAUCCUGCAAAGGGUAGUGGACGAAACUGAUCUCGAAGUUCAGGCACACAUGUCCGAACUCUUGGUCGUGAACUGUCCACAAGCCCGGAUAAAGUCGACAGGAAGCAACAGAUGUCGGAACGAAUUGUCCGAUAUCACUAUGGAAGUCGAGGGCGCUCCACCUUUGAAAGUUGUCUACCACCGCUUCAUGAAUGGUGAGCCACACAGCUCAUCUUUUCAGAGCAUUCAACCAGACGAUUUCGUCUCUCCUUAUGGAAAGCAAAAAUCGUCUACUUUGGUCAGGAGCGGAGAGUCCGAUUUAUCAUGGGCUCGCUCACAUACCGUCUCUGUCCCGCUAAGCGAAACCCUCCAUCACAGCGGAGUAUGGUCAUACACCAUAGAUGAAGUGCAAGAUGCUCUGGGUAACAAGGUUUCAUACGGUGCCCCUGGAUCCGAUGAAGAGGGCACACGGGCGUCCGGAAAGAACACUGCUCACCACCAAACGUUGAUGGUCCAUGAGCGACCCAAAGUCAAGCUCAGCAAAUGCAAUUACCAGAAACCUCUGCAGGUCGCGAAGGGAAGAGCGACUGCGCUACCCCUUGACUUCUCCUCCUCAGGCAAAGGCCCAAUUCAAGGCACGGUGCACGACUUGGAGUACAUCUUUACCAAGGAAGACGAUCUCACUCCAAAUGGUGAACACGGCCCUCUAGCCGUGAUACAGAAGCAUACACUCAAGAGCCUGCAAGAUAGAUUUUAUGUACAUGAGAGCGGACUUUACACGUUGCGGUCAGUUUCCAGUGCUUACUGUUCAGGAGAGGUCAUGGAGCCAGCUUCAUGUUUACUUCAAAACCCCCCUGAACCAGAAAUGUCCAUUACGACAGAGCACAUCCAUGAUAAAUGCGCCGGCAAUCCAAUUGGUAUUCGAUUAGAUUUGGACCUCAUCGGCACACCUCCGUUUGACAUCAGUUGGAUCGAAGAGAAGAGCGGCUCCCCGCCUACUCCCAAAUCCGCGCAGAUCUCCGGUCUCAGAGGCCAGAUUAUCCUUCAACCCUCGCUUGCUGGAAAAUACACAUAUAGGUUCUUGGAAAUUAGCGACGCCGUCUACAAGCAAGUAUCCCUUGGCGAUCGUGUCACUCAGGAUGUAAAACCAGCUGCGUCGGCACGAUUUACUGACGAUAGCCCACAAGAAGCCUGUAUCGAUGGGCCCGUCUCUUAUGGUGUCCGUCUCCAAGGCGAAGGCCCAUUCACUCUCGAAUACGAACUUGUGCAUGGCGGCAAGCGAAGCAAACGCAAGGAAGAGGAUAUCAGUGGCCCAGACUUCAAAAUUCAGACAGAGCCGCUCAAAUCCGGCGGAGACUAUUCGCUCGUCCUGACGGGAAUCACGGACAGGCUUGGGUGCAAGGAGUUUCUGGACAAGACAGCAAAGUUCAAGGUCCGCAAUGAACGACCGAAGGCCUACUUUGGGCUUAUUGAAGGCAAACGUUCCCUUCAGAUCUUAGAAGGCAAGAAAGUGCGUCUACCUCUUCGUUUGACAGGUAAGCCCAACUGGAUGGCGACGUACCGAAAUCUCGAACAGCCAGAGAAAAAAUUGACAAUAUUACUCACCCGAGAGAAUGAUGCCCUGGAAGUCUCACAAUCAGGGACAUACGAGCUUGUAAGCUUGUAUGACGCUAACUGUCCUGGAUCUAUCGAGGAAAGUGGGAAGCGAUUUGAUGUUGGCUGGGUCCCACGCCCAGGAAUCAGCAUACCUGAGAAUCCUUCCAUGACGCUGUCUGGUGAUCGUUACAUUAAGAACGCUGUAUGUGAAGGGGACGAAGAUUCCUUUGACGUAAUGAUUUCAGGUACGCCUCCGUAUGAUCUCGAAUAUACCGAAAACAUCAAGCCAGACAAAGGUCCCAGACAGACCAGCCAAAAACAGAUCAAGGCUGCCCUUGGUGUCGCUAACGUCAGAGUGGAUACUAUGAAACCGGGUAUCUACGAAUAUGACUUCAACAAACUGAACGACGCAAAUUACCUCGGGACGAAAAAUACGAUCAUAGUGGUCGAACAAAGGGUCCACCCACGCCCUGAUGGGCAAUUUGAGCAGCCCGGGAAGACAUACAGCUACUGCUCUAGAGAAGCAGAUGGCGAGGAAGUGAUUCCGGUCAAGCUUACUGGUGUCCCGCCUUUCACCCUUGAGGUUGAGAUCAAACAUUUGAGCGGACGCAGCCGCAGCCCAGAAUAUGUCACCAUUCCGAAUAUCCCCAGCAACCUUUACGAGCUUCGCAUCUCGCAUAAACACUUACAACACGGUGUCUCGAAUGUCUUCAUUCGCAAAAUUCGGGACAGCCGUGGCUGUCAACGGCGGCUAGGUGCAGAUGCAAAGAAGGUCUCAAUCUCGGUACACGAUGCUCCAACUAUCACCGCCGUGGAAAGUCGCACUGACUACUGUGUUGGUGAGCGCCUUUCGUACACGCUUUCCGGCACUCCUCCGUUCCAAGUGUUUACAAAGUUCAACGACAAGACCCUCAAGGCUGCGUCUCCAGACACCUCGUUCCGACGUCUUGCGGAGGCCCCGGGAGCGUUUGCCAUCACGGGAAUAUCCGACAAUGCUUCAAAUUGCCGUGCCAACACGAACUUAGAAGCUACUAUUCACCCAAUGCCGACAGUGCGUAUAUCGCAGGGUAGAGUCACAAGCAUAAAUCUACGGGAAGGCGGCGAGACGGAAAUCUCGUUUGACUUUACGGGAACACCCCCUUUCGAGGUUACAUACACACGCAGCACACUUGCGAAUGCUAAAAGCGGACAUAAGAGCAAAGUCCUUGAGACUAGAGUCGAAAGGACCGACGACUUCAGCAUCAAGGUCAAAGCUAGCGAAGAGGGCCAGUACGAGGCCGUUGCAAUCAAAGACCGAUGGUGUGCCUUUCCGCGUCCAGGAGAAGAUGGCGCAAGAUCGAGAAAAGGGCAAAAGUUGUUACAGAACUAG